AUCCGUAUUGCUCCAUUACAGUGCGCGGUAAAAACGUUCAAUUCCAUGAGGGUUUGUACGGGGCCUCAACGGACUUCAAGCAUCCUACCAGCGGUUUGGACUCAAGAUUGUAUUAUAAUAUCAACGCCUUAAGUAGUUAUAUCAGUUGUGUCAAUGCACUCGUUUCAUCUGCCUCGUCGUCAUCUUCAUCACGCAGCCCGAAACUCAGAACACGUAAAAAGCAACACACAUCAUUGCUGUUUUUCUGUCUUGCACAACAGUACCACGUCCGUUAAAAUCAAGUGUUCGGCAUCUAGUGCAUUUUUAUAAUGUAACCGCGCUGGUGGCAUCUCUGCAGCAACCAAUUGCGUCGCAGGCGCAGGCAAAGAAUGCGAGCGCAACAAUAAACGAUUUGUUGCAUUCCGGUUCGGCGUCGGGACGUGGCUGUAACUGUCUCGCUGGUGCAAAGGUCGCGCGACGCUACUAAAUACUAAUAAUAAUCGUGGGCGCACACACAAAUCAACACACUCCUCAGUUCAGUCACAUAUCAAAAAGCGGUGCGGCGCGAGGCCGAGUGUGUUUCCAUAUUCAGUUCAUCAGCUGGCGCGUAGUCGUGCGGGUCAUGUUUACAUUUCGCUGAAGCGCCACACGAAUUUUUGCACGCACACAUUAUAUCGCACAAUGGGGCUGCAGGCGUGGAAGUCCUCCCGACUGAUACAUCUCUGGUUCGCCGUCUCGUACUUCACCACGGGGCUCUCGAUCAAUUUUCUACAAUGUAUUUUAUACCUCACGUUGCACAAGAUUGACAAGAGACUAUACAGAAAAAUCAACUAUUAUCUUUGCUACUCAUUAUAUUCCCUACUUGUUUGUUUGGUUGAUUGGUGGUCGGGAACAAAACUAUACAUCUAUGCGAAAAGAGAUGAAUUUGAUAAGUAUUUUGGCAAGGAACAUGCAUAUUGUGUCAUGAAUCACACCUAUGAGGUGGACUGGAUAAUGGGAUGGAUGGUUACAGAGAGGUUAAGAAUGUUAGGUAAUUGCAAGGCCUAUGCCAAGAAGGUGAUACAGUAUGUGCCAGUGCUGGGCUGGUGUUGGAAGUUUUCUGAGUUUGUCUUUUUGGAGAGGUCAUUUGAGAAGGACAGGAAGAAUAUUAUCACACAGGUUGAGGCCCUGGCUGAUCAUCCUGACCCAAUGUGGCUACUUCUCUUCCCUGAGGGAACCCGCUUCUCUGCUAAAAAGCAGGAAGCCUCUCGGAAGUUUGCCGCCGAGCGCAACUACAAACAAAUGGAUUAUCAUUUGCAGCCGCGUACGCGUGGCUUCAUUGCUUCCUGCCGCAUGAAGGGCAAGGUCCCUGCUGUCUACGAUAUUCUACUCGCAUUUAACGACAAUGAUGCAGUUAAGCCCACGAUCACAAGCAUUCUCUUCGGAAAGCCGCUGGUUGGCCACAUGUACAUGAAUCGCAUUCCCAUGGAGGACGUGCCGAAGUCCGAAGAGGACCAAGACAAGUUUAUGCGUGACAUGUUCCAUCGCAAGGACCGAUUACGUGAUAGUUUCGUAAAGACAGGCGACUUUUUCGCCACCUCUGGAGAGCCGCGCUGGGAAAAAUUCGAGGUCGGUCAAAAGCGCAUCUUUCCGCUGUUGAACAUGCUCUUCUGGAACACUCUCACGCUCGUCAGCGUCUCCUACGCGAUGAUCAGUCUGCUGCUGGCUGGGCGCUUGAUUUUGUUUUCGUUGUGCGCGGGUAUUCUACUAGCAUUUUAUUUCCUCCUCAUUCGAACGAUCAGCAUGUCGAAGAUCAGCAAGCAGUCUAGUUACGGCUCGAGCGCCAACGGCAACGCCAAGCAAGAUUGAGAAACACAUAUGAAGAGGGACGCGCAUGAGUCAAGUGCCAAAUCGUUUUAAUACUUUGACGCGCCCUCCCCGUAACUCGUUCGGUAAGCAGCAGCAGCGCCGCAUCAGUCAUUUGUUUAGUUUGUCUCGUUAGAAUGAUGGGUGCUUCCUGUAGCGCACAAUUUUUACGGUUGUCUGGUGGUCUGGUGGAGAACAAACUAAAGAAGUGAACUGUCAUUUUGAAGCGGUAUUAUUUCGAUUUUUAUCUAUACCACUUUCCACAACAAAUAUACAUAUAUGUAUAAGUAUGUAUAUUCAUUGUGCUCCCUCUACCCCCAAACAGAGAUACACUUUUUCCAUAUUUUCCGCGAUGCGUGUUUACAUGUUUUUUCUUAUCUUAAAUUUACAUAAUUGUACUAAAAAUAUUACAUGUCCGUACCAGGACAUCCCAAAAUGGACAAAGAAGCUAUUUCUAUUGAUGUUAAUGUAUAUGUAUAUGUAAUAAAAAGAUAUUUAAUA